UUUUCUUGCACGCUACAAACGUGUUCCUCUCCUAUUCAUAACCACAAUAUCCCAAACAGUCACAUAAUUUUAAUAAUUAUUUAAAAUUUAUUAUAAUUAUUAAAAACUGUUCUUGGCUUUAAUUUCAAGCAAUAAAUAACCUGCUCAUUCUAUCAGCACUGCCGUAGCUCCUCUCUUCUCUUACAUCCAUUACAGAGCCAUGGGCAACUGCUUCAAUCUUCUGUCCACAAAAUCAAACCAGUCCCUUCCCGUUGAUAGCCCCUUCAUCAUGUCUUCUUCUCUGCCCUCGUCGGUGUCAGGCGGAGGAUUCGGGAAGGGAAGUAUAGAUCUCGGUGGUCUUGAGGUGCGACAAGUUUCUACCUUUACUAAGAUUUGGUCCGCCGGUGGCGACGCAGCCGGCGCCUCGUUCUUCUUCCCUUCUUCCAUCCCCACCGGCUUCUAUGCCCUGGGCGCCUGCGCACAGCCGAAUAAAAAUCGUUUCUUUGGUCGCGUGCUUGUAGCAAGAGAUAUUGCUGGAGAUGGCGACGCCACCGCCCUCGCCGCCCCCACUGAUUUCACUCUGAUAUGGUCCAGCAGCGAUGGCGGUUACUUCUGGCUCCCCGUCGCCCCUUCUGGCUACCAUCCUGUUGGUUACCUCGUCACUAAUUCGCCUGAGAAGCCCUCGCCGGAGUCUCUUCGCUGCGUCAGGGACGACUUCACCGACCAAUGCGAGGAGGGCGAAGUCGAGCUCUGGUCGUCUGAUAACAAUGGCGGGAUCAGCAUUCACGAGCUGGUCCCCACCGUCCGUGGCCAACGGGCGCCGGGGCUGCCUCUCGGCACCUUCAUCGCCCGCAAGGCUGGGGGCAGCAGCGGCGGCGGCCCAUCCCCUGUUCGUUGCCUUAAAAAUCAAAACUCUAGCCUUUCCGCCGCCAUGCCGGACCUUUCUCAGAUCAAUGCCAUAAUCAAAGCUUACGCGCCGGUGAUCUACUUCCACCCUGACGAAACCUACCUGCCAUCGUCGGUGAAUUGGUUUUUCGAUAACGGUGCCCUGCUUUACUCCAAUGCCGACAAAACCAACCCGGCUCGAAUCGACUCCGGCGGCACUAACCUCCCUCAAGGCGGGUCUAACGACGGCGCUUACUGGCUCGACCUUCCCGCCGGCGAGGACAAGGAGAGGGUGAAGAAGGGGGAACUUUCGUCAGCGAAGUCAUACGUUCACGUGAAGCAAAUGCUUGGCGGGACGGCGACGGACUUCGCGUUCUGGCUCUUUUACCCCUUCAACGGUCCAGGGCGCUUAAAGCUGGGAGUUUUAACCAUCGGGCUUGGGAAGAUAGGGGAGCACGUCGGCGACUGGGAGCACGUGACGUUGAGAGUAAGCAACUUUGAUGGUGAGCUAAGAAAGGUUUACUUCUCUGAGCACAGCAGGGGAGAAUGGUUGGAGUCACCGGAGCUGGAGUUUGACGGCCAGGAAGGGAACAAGCCGGUGGCUUAUGCGUCGCUGUAUGGGCACGCUUUUUAUCCGAGGGAGGGAUUGGUUUUGCAGGGUAGUGAAGAGCUGGGGAUAGGGAUAAGAAAUGAUGCCAGGAAGGGGAAGAAGAAGAUGGAUGCAGGGGAGAGGUUCGAGAUCGUGUCGGCGGAGCUCUCGCCGGCCGCGGACGAGGUGGUGGCACCGGCGUGGGUGGACUAUAUGAGGGAGUGGGGGCCCAAGGUGAGUUAUGAUGUGGAGGACGAGUUGGAGAAGGUCGAGAGGUCGUUGCCGGAGAAGUGGAGGCAGACGGCGAGGAAGCUGGUGAAUGGGUUGCCGCCGGAGUUGUUCGGUGAAGAAGGGCCCACUGGGCCUAAAGUCAAGGCUAGCUGGGAAGGGGAUGAGCCUUAGGUCAUAUUUGUUUGGAUAUCAAUAUUUGUACCCUCCCAUUUCCUUAGCCUCAAGCUUUAGGAUGGCGUCUGGAGAUCAAUCAUAAUGUGUCACAUUAUUUUUUUAUUUGAUACUGGUGCUCGAUAUUAUUGUAUACUGGGUGAUAUGACGCAUUUUUGAUUGAUCUCCGAACUGUUAGAUCUCCACACAUAAUAAUUAUUCCAAACUUUCAUAA